GAUUGUUUUGAGGACAGAGCUGCCAUACCGCGCGCAUAAAACAUAUGUAAACAAAGUGAAAUUUUGGGAACUGCGUUCUUGAAAAAGAAUAGACAUUUUGCUUGCAGAAAAUAGGAAACAAUGCAAUCUGGAAUAUAAUUAUUGAAAUUUGAGUGGCUGAGAACUUAACAAUUAUAAGCGCAACCAUAUAAAUUUGAAUCAGUACGAGAAAACAGCCAAAAACAUGGACUGCGCACCACUAAACUUGGCUCAUUUCCACGAGCGAAGGUCGGAGCGCUUCAUACGCAAUCACCGCUAUGAGGAGGCCAUUAAAGCGCUGGAAACAUCCCUAAUCUACAUGCAGGAUGCCCAAAAGCGGGUGGCUCUGCCCAAAUCCAAGGAAGUUCUGGACACAUUGACCCUCGAUUUUCAGCGCAAGCUGCGUCAAAUCGAGAUGCGAAAAACGCAGCACGGCUUGAACAAGUUGAAGGACUAUGCUCCCCUGAAGGAAACCAGUCCCAUGUUGCCCCUGCGCCCGGAAGCCGGAGCAAGUGGCGCAGGAGGAUCUGCCCAAUCCGUGGCCAAGGCAAUCGACAAAACAGUGCAGGACUUCGAUGCCAAGUUUACCUCAUCUCUGGCGCCGAAGGCCUCCAACACACUGGCCAAUUCGGAGCCCCAAAUGGAGACGCUGAAGAACAGCGACUCUGCCGAGGAGGAGCAGGCACGCGAUCCCUAUGAUCAACGGCUGGCGGGCAGCGGGGACCUGGACUUGCCCUCCUUGGCUCCCCUGGAGCUGCCCUCCUUCGACUACAGCUUAUUCACCAGCUCCUCGGCUCCUUCGCUGGCCAGCUAUGCCGGCAUGGCUGAGAGCUUCCAGAAAUAGGCAUAGGAAUGCUGUUUCUGGCUGUUUUCUAGUUAAGAUCCAUUUGUACAACUUCAGUUAACUUGAGAGAUCUCGUUGUAUACAGUGCCCUUUGAGUCGUGAUUAGGAUUUAAUUUUAGGCAUGUUCUUCAUUUCAAGCUUUUUUGCAGAUACCUUGUAAAGCAUAUUUUUGGGUAUUCACACUAAAGUGUGCAAUAAUACUUUGAUAAACCACUGAACUAUGUAAAAGGAAGUGUUGAAUUGAAAGAAAUCAACACUUCUACACUAAAUAUAAACCGCAACUUUCUGUAUUACAA